UCUAUAAUUUCUUUUUACAACUACCUUUUACAUACCGUCUCCUUAACAGCAUAGCCCGUAAAAUAUCGUCUGUACACAACAAUAAUAUCUAUCUCGCGACAUAUUUUUUCUACAUAGAUAUAAAAGUGCUUUCGAAUUGGACUCCUUCUCUCUUUUGACCCAACCUAUGGCUUAUGCAGUACGUCUACCUCGAGAUCCAGCAGCACCGGAGACACUUGAAAUCGAGUUGCAGGAACUUGAUCAGGAUGGGAGGCUUGCCCAAACACCCGAAUUUACUUCACCCCCUUACUCAGAAGUCGACCCCCAUCCCGAAGCUAAUCUCAACGCACUCAUUGCGGAAACAUUCCAACCGAUUCCAGCUCGGCCGGUCGCCAACCCGGCAGCGCCACCGCCUGUAUACCCAUUAACUCAAAAGGAAUAUCGGGAACUGAGACGUAAAAUCCGCCAUAAAGUCGGAUAUCGACUCUUACCCUUUGUCAUAAUCUUCUGCUUCUUAAUCCAACUAGACUAUGAAUUUUUCACACGUGAGCAGCCAUACUUGGAGCAGGUUCUUGGCUUCACCGAGCAGCAAUACAAGGGAAUCGCACUAACAAGAGAAAUCGGUCAUAUCAUAUUUCAAGUCCCAUCCAACUUAUUCCUAAGCACGACUUUUAGGCCUGCGGACUACCUGUGCGGUGUAUUAGUCGCUUGGGGCAUAGCUCAAUGGAUUUCCUAUUUCGCGAACAGCCUCCUAGAAGCUCACUUCUUCUACCUAACACUGGGUAUGUUGGAAUCAGCGAUACUUCCUGGCUUCCUAUAUCUGCUUUCAUGCUAGUAUACGAGAAAAGGUGUGGGCACAAAGGUCUCCCUAAUGGUUGCGAUAUGGCCGCUAGCCUCAUUUUUCAUCGCCGUGUGCGGUUUUAUACCCCAGACCGACAUUACGCCAGUUGAUAUCCGUACAGCACACGCUAUCUACAUAAUAAUAUUGGGACUUAUCACCACGAUCACGGCAGGUAUAUACUACACCAUAUCACCCAACCUCCCUCGAUCGACUGACUAGCUCUCGGCGGUCGAA